AUGAUUAUGAAUCAGCUGCAUAAUACACAAAUACGUUUCAAUUUCUUUUCAGCCCCAAAUUUGGAGCAUGUACUGGCAGUUGCAAAUGAAGAAGGGUUUGUUAGACUGUAUGAUACUGAAGCUCAACCUACCAGCAAGCUCAUCUUUAAGGAAUGGCAGGCUCACUCAAAUGCUGUAUUUGACCUUGCCUGGGUACCAGGAGAACACAGGAUUGUCACUGCUUCCGGAGAUCAGACAGCCAAGGUGUGGGAUGUGAGAGCCGGCGAGCUUCUUGGCAUAUGCAAAGGUCACCAGUGUAGCCUCAAGUCAGUUGCUUUUUCUAGAUUUGAGAAAGCUGUCUUCUGUACUGGAGGCAGAGACGGAAACAUCAUGGUUUGGGAUACCAGAUGCAACAAGAAAGAUGGAUUUUAUAGGCAGGUGAAUCAAAUCAGUGGAGCACACAAUGUGGUGGACAAGCAGACUCCUUCCAAACUGAAGAAGAGGCAGAACCUAAGAGGACUUGCUCCCUUGGUGGAUUUCCAGCAGAGUGUAACUGUGGUGCUGCUUCAGGACGAGCAUACUCUUAUCUCUGCAGGAGCUGUUGAUGGUGUGAUCAAAGUAUGGGACUUGCGCAAGAACUAUGCUGUUUAUCGUCAGGACCCGGUGCCUUUCAAGUCUUUUUGCUACCCUGGGAGCAGUACUCGGAAACUUGGAUAUUCUAGCCUGGUUUUGGGUUCCACUGGUGCUAAUCUGUUUGCUAAUUGCACUGAUGACAGUAUCUACAUGUUCAAUAUGGCAAGUUUAAGGACCACUCCAGUAGCCGUUUUCAGUGGGCACCAGAACUCAACCUUUUAUAUCAAAUCCAGCAUCAGCCCAGAUGACCAGUUCCUGAUCAGUGGCUCGAGUGACUGCAACGCGUACAUCUGGAAGGUUUCUGAGCCCAGUCUUCCUCCACGGAUACUCCUUGGUCACUCUCAAGAAGUUACCUCUGUUACUUGGUGUCCUUCAGACUUCACUAAGAUUGCCACAUGCUCUGAUGACAACACUGUGAGGAUUUGGCGCUUACGACGUUGUUCUGAGGAGGAGAAAUCAGCAUUUAGCAAAACCAGCUUGGUGGGCUGGGUCAGUCAGAAGAAACCAGAAGAACAACGUGGAGCAGGACCGCCUGCCAGCCCACAGAGUACUCCUGCCAAGGCCUUCACAGUGGGCAGCCCGUGCAUUUCCUCGCCGUGGCCGGCUGCCUGUGCUCCCAUUUAUUCUGGAGACCUUCCUCUGUCUACAAACACUCCGACAGGCGCUCUCAAAACCCAGACAGCCACAGCCUGCACCCCAGCCAAGCAGAGUGGAGCCAGCCCAUGCGCUUCUCCCAAACUGAUCCCUUCCUCCAAAAUGACCAUUAAACAUUGGGUUACAAGGACUCCGUGCUCUUCACCUCCAGAAGUGGGGAAAAAGGCUCCUUCUCCUAGAAAAGCCCUGGCAGAAGUCACCCAAGGUCUCCUCGAAGCCACUUGCCCUCCUAAAGCCCCAUACUCGCAGUUUGAAAAGCGUGCCAAGAGAAGGCUUGACUGCAGUAAGGAGGACAACGCAGGGCAGAAGUGUCUGCAGGCUUGUAGCUGUGUGACUGAACUGGACCAUGCAGCUAAGAAAUCCAAGCUUAAUUUAUGUCACUUGGCUGCAGACCAAAAAGCUUGUGAUGAAGGUUCUCUCAGCCUGGUUGACUUGGAUAACAACCACGAAGGCUCCAGCCACAGCCCAAAAGAACCUUCCUUUUCUGGAAGCCAUAUUAAUCCAUCGGGUGUUCAAACUCCCCCCCAUCUUUUCAGGUCUCCAUGCGGGAGAGACACUGAGGUAGUAGAUAAAGAGAAUAGUUCACCUGAAAGAAAAAAUUGGUUGUCUGCUCUGGGAGAGAAGCUACGGACUGGCAGAGCUGGCAGCCAUAGCGCAUCAAACAGCCCCCCGUCAUCUUGCAGUCCUGGUGCCAAACGACAAGAGCCUGUGGCAGCGGCCACUUCACCAAAAACUGCUGUAACCACUUCAGUUUCCAUGAGGAAGAUCUGCACUUACUUCCACAGAAAGCCACAGAACGACUGA